UGGCCUCUUCCUGGACGAUACCCCUACCACCUCAGCAGGAGACCUCGUAAUCCUUGCUCUUCCCCUCUGUCGGACCAGUCUCGGCCAGGGCAAGUCAUCCUCCACCCGUCUUUCAAAUAUUUUCAGGCUGUCUGUGAUUUGCCGGUCCGUUGCGCUUUCUUUUACUGCAGCAAUAUGUCAGGCCUGGAAGCCCUUGGUGCGGCCUCGCCAGCUGAUGCUCUUGUUCACAUCCCCUCAAGUCUUCCCGAUGAAACAAGCGUCAGCUAAGGCUCUAAAACCCCACAGUCUCUUGCAUAUGAUAGAUGCCCAACCUCCUAAGACAUCUAGUUGACCUUCAGUCGUAUGCUCCUCGAAGAGAAAGCCCAAUUCCUGUUCCUCCAUCCACGAUCACCAUCAUCCCCUCAGAAGGCACAAUCCCCCAUAUUUCGAAAGAAAAGGAGAGGAACCGCAUCCGGGAUAACCAGCGCCGUUCGAGGGCUCGAAAGAAAGAGUACGUUCAAGAAAUUGAGCAACGUCUUCGGCAACGCCAACUUCAAGGAGUCGAGGCUUCUGCUGAAGUACAGCAGGCAGCACGCCGAGUUGCGGAUGAGAACCACAAGCUUCGGCAACUCCUUCAACAUGUGGGCUAUGGCGACGAAGUCGUUGAACAGUACAUUCAAACCGGCAAACUCGGUUCUCCAAGUCAUCGCGGCCUGCAUACUCCAAACACAAGCGGCAGCUUGGUCCCUGAGAAAGCGACAGAAACGUUGGAGGGUCUCUUGAUUCCACGGCGGCCAUCAUGUCUCGAUAUUCAGAUGCCAAUUCUGCCAACGAGCAGACAUACCAGCCCAGACCGAACUCUUUCAUACGGUCCUACGCCAGACUCGCCGGUCGAGGAAUAUGGUUCUCCAUCGGAAUCUGUCCAUCAAAUCCAUGCCUCGGCGGCUGUUUCACCGACAGACUUUGGUUCUCAACAGGUCUACGCUCGCGCCGGCGACAUGAAAAAUCGAGAUUAUGCAGGUCAUCACCACCGCCCACUAACGGUCGAGUGGGCAAAUACCCACCAAAAUCAGUCUACCCAUGGUAUUUCAUCAAAUAUUCAGGGAUUCGGGGCGAAUCAGACGCUCGAUUAUCAUCCGCCAUUCCCGGGCAUCAAUCCUUCAGCAGGCAUGCUACCCCCAACAUGCGGCGGACCGCCCUCCGUGCCGUACAUCGCGUACCAGACUUUUCAUCCCCAGCCGCCGGCGUUCAUCGCAGCUGCUACUAGUCAUAUCGAACACGUCUCCGUCGUCGAAGCGGAUCCCGCUAUGGAAGAUCGCAAACCGCAGUACAGAGGACACCCAGAUGACCAUUCUUGGCAAUACAAUACCCGACACAAUUGAAGCGGAUUCGAGCGUUGUUCUUUGAGGAACUCGACGCAGUUUUAGAC